GCGGCAGAGGAGGAGGAGGAGAACAUGGCGGCAGCGGAGAGCGGCUGAACUGCCUGUUCUUCAGGCCCGGCGAGCGGGAGACUGACGCGGUUCACCUAGUCCCGUCCUCCGACGGUUGGAGCGCGGCCUCCGGCGUCUGGGUUGCGUGUUCACUGCUGCUCCCCGCAGGCAGAGCCUGCGUGGGGGUCGUUCUGCAUCCCCCUGAGGGGGGACUCCUGCUCCCGAGGAGGGGGCCGGAGAGCCGCAGAGGCGGUGGCGACUGGCCGCCUGGGCCCCGGGGUCGGGCGUCCGGCCGGAGGAGCGGCGGAGUCCGCGGCAGCGCCGCCACGGUCGCGCGCGAGCGCAGCGCCGGGGAGCGCGGCCCAGAGGCGGUGGAGGCAGAUCUGUCCAUACUGAUGGAAAUGUAACUGUCACUGACUCUGAUGAUAAAAUCAAGGACCAUCAGACAGGAUCACACAGUAGGACACUUUGCUUCCAAAUGAAGGCACCAGCAGUUAGAAUUUCUGCUUAAUCUAAGUUGUUUGUGUAAUUGACCUUAAAUGUGAUAAGCGUGAAGAGACUAAAGCCAUCUUUGGACAUCAUUACUCCAUUUUCCCAGAAGCUACCCUCUGAAGCACUAGAUUUGACCAUAUCUGUUUUGAGGACUCAUUAUGAACAAAGAAGUCUCCCAGGUGUGAAGUUUUUCAACAUGAGUGGCCUUGGGGACAGUUCAUCGGACCCUGCAAACCCAGACUCGCAUAAGAGAAAAGGAUCGCCAUGUGACACACUGGCAUCGAGCACUGAAAAGAGACGCAGGGAGCAAGAAAAUAAAUAUUUAGAAGAACUAGCCGAAUUACUGUCAGCCAACAUCAGUGACAUUGACAGCUUGAGUGUAAAACCAGAUAAAUGCAAGAUUUUGAAGAAAACAGUCGAUCAGAUACAGCUAAUGAAGAGAAUGGAACAAGAGAAAUCAACAACUGAUGAUGAUGUACAGAAAUCAGACAUCUCAUCAAGUAGUCAAGGAGUGAUAGAAAAGGAAUCCUUAGGCCCUCUUCUUUUGGAGGCUUUGGAUGGAUUUUUCUUUGUUGUGAACUGUGAAGGAAGAAUUGUAUUUGUGUCAGAGAAUGUGACCAGCUACUUGGGUUACAACCAGGAGGAAUUAAUGAAUACCAGUGUCUACAGCAUACUGCACGUGGGAGAUCAUGCAGAAUUUGUCAAGAAUCUGCUACCCAAAUCACUAGUAAAUGGAGUUCCUUGGCCUCAAGAGGCAGCACGCCGAAAUAGCCAUACUUUUAACUGCAGAAUGCUAAUUCACCCUCCAGACGAACCAGGUACUGAGAACCAAGAAGCUUGCCAACGUUAUGAAGUAAUGCAGUGUUUCACCGUGUCACAACCAAAAUCAAUUCAAGAAGAUGGAGAAGAUUUCCAGUCAUGUUUAAUUUGUAUUGCACGGCGAUUACCUCGACCUCCAGCUAUUACAGGUGUAGAAUCCUUUAUGACCAAACAAGAUACUACAGGUAAAAUCAUCUCCAUUGAUACUAGCUCCCUGAGAGCUGCUGGCAGAACUGGCUGGGAAGAUUUAGUAAGGAAAUGCAUUUAUGCGUUUUUCCAACCUCAGGGCAGAGAACCAUCUUAUGCCCGACAACUAUUUCAAGAAGUGAUGACUCGUGGCACUGCCUCCAGCCCAUCCUAUAGAUUCAUAUUGAAUGAUGGGACAAUGCUUAGCGCCCACACCAAGUGUAAACUUUGCUACCCUCAAAGUCCAGACAUGCAACCUUUCAUCAUGGGAAUUCAUAUCAUCGACAGGGAGCACAGUGGGCUUUCUCCUCAAGAUGACACUAAUUCUGGUAUGUCAAUUCCCCGAAUAAACCCCUCCGUCAAUCCUAGUAUCUCUCCAGCUCUUGGUGUGGCCCGUUCAUCCACAUUGCCACCAUCCAACAACAGCAUGGUCUCUGCCAGAGUAAACCGCCAACAGAGCUCAGAUCUUAACAGCAGCAGCAGUCAUGGUAAUUCAAACAACCACCAAGGGAGUUUUGGAUGCUCACCUGGAAAUCAGAUUGUAGCCAAUGUUGCCUUAAACCAGGGACAGGCAGGUUCUCAGAGCAGUAAUCCCUCUUUAAACCUCAACAGUUCUCCUAUGGAAGGUACAGGAAUUUCCCUUGCACAGUUCAUGUCUCCAAGGAGACAGGUUACCUCUGGCUUGGCAACAAGGGCCAGAAUGCCAAACAAUUCAUUUCCUCCAAAUAUUCCAACAUUAAGCUCCCCAGUUGGCAUUACAAGUGGUGCCUGUAAUAAUAAUAAUCGAUCCUAUUCAAAUAUCCCAGUAACAUCUUUACAAGGUAUGAAUGAAGGACCCAAUAACUCUGUUGGCUUCUCUGCCAGUUCUCCAGUCCUCAGGCAGAUGAGUUCACAGAAUUCACCUAGCAGAUUAAGUAUGCAACCAGCAAAAGCUGAGUCCAAAGAUAACAAAGAGAUUGCAUCCAUUUUAAAUGAAAUGAUUCAAUCGGACAACAGCGCUAGUGAUGGUAAACCUCUGGAUUCAGGACUUAUGCAUAACAACGACAGACUUUCAGAUGGAGACAGUAAAUACUCUCAAACUAGUCACAAACUAGUGCAGCUAUUGACAACAACUGCAGAACAGCAGUUACGGCAUGCCGAUAUAGACACAAGCUGCAAGGAUGUACUGUCUUGCACAGGCACUUCCAGCUCUGCUUCUUCUAACUCUUCAGGAGGUACUUGCCCCUCCUCUCAUAGCUCUCUGACUGAGCGGCACAAAAUUCUGCACCGGCUUUUACAGGAGGGUAGCCCCUCAGAUAUCACCACUUUGUCUGUGGAACCUGACAAAAAGGACAGUGCAUCAACUUCCACUUCUGUGUCAGUGACUGGACAAACCCAAGGGAACUCUAGUGUAAAACUAGAACUGGAUGCUUCAAAGAAAAAGGACUCAAAAGACCAUCAGCUCCUACGUUAUCUUUUAGACAAAGAUGAGAAAGAUUUAAGAUCAACUCCAAACCUGAGCCUGGAUGAUGUAAAGGUAAAAGUGGAAAAAAAAGAACAGAUGGAUCCUUGUAAUACAAACCCAACUCCAAUAACCAAACCUGCUCCUGAGGAAGUUAAGCUGGAGUCCCAGAGUCAGUUUACAGCUGACCUUGACCAGUUUGAUCAGUUGCUGCCCACACUGGAGAAGGCAGCACAGUUGCCAAGCUUAUGUGAGACAGACAGGAUGGAUGGUGCUGUCACCAAUGUAAACAUCAAAUCAGAGAUCCUGCCAGCUUCACUCCAGUCCACCACUGCCAGACCCACUUCCCGACUGAACAGAUUGCCUGAACUAGAAUUAGAAACAAUUGAUAACCAGUUUACACAACCCGGAACUGGCGAUCAGAUUCCAUGGACAAAUAAUGCUGUGACAACUGUAAAUCAGAACAAGCCAGAAGACCAAUGUAUUACUUCACAAUUAGAUGAGCUUCUCUGUCCACCAACAACAGUAGAAGGAAGAAAUGAUGAGAAGGCUCUUCUGGAACAACUAGUGUCCUUCCUCAGUGGCAAAGAUGAAACUGAGCUGGCUGAACUGGACAGAGCCCUGGGAAUUGACAAACUUGUUCAGGGGGGAGGAUUAGAUGUAUUAUCAGAGAGAUUUCCACCACAACAAGCAACACCACCUUUGAUGAUGGAAGAAAGACCCACCCUCUAUUCCCAGCCAUACUCAUCUCCUUCUCCUACUGCCAGCCUCCCUAGCCCUUUCCAAGGCAUGGUCAGGCAGAAGCCUUCACUGGGGACUAUGCCUGUUCAGGUAACACCUCCCAGGGGCACUUUUUCACCCGGCAUGGGCAUGCAGCCCCGACAAACUCUCAACAGACCUCCAGCUGCACCUAACCAACUUCGACUUCAACUACAGCAGCGGUUACAGGGACAACAGCAGUUGAUACACCAAAACCGGCAAGCUAUCCUGAAUCAGUUUGCAGCAACUGCUCCUGUUGGUAUCAACAUGAGAUCAGGCAUGCAACAACAAAUUACACCUCAGCCACCCCUGAAUGCUCAAAUGUUGGCACAGCGUCAGCGGGAGUUGUACAGUCAGCAGCAUCGACAGAGGCAGCUAAUACAGCAAAGAGCCAUGCUCAUGAGGCAGCAAAGCUUUGGGAACAACCUCCCUCCCUCAUCUGGACUGCCAGUUCAAAUGGGGAAUCCCCGUCUUCCUCAGGGUGCUCCACAGCAAUUCCCCUACCCACCAAACUAUGGUACAAACCCAGGAACCCCGCCAGCUUCUACCAGCCCCUUUUCUCAACUCGCAGCAAAUCCUGAAGCAUCCUUAGCCACCCGCAGCAGCAUGGUGAACAGAGGCAUGGCAGGAAACAUGGGAGGACAGUUUAGUACUGGAAUCAAUCCUCAGAUGCAGCAGAAUGUCUUCCAGUAUCCAGGAUCAGGACUGGUUCCACAAGGUGAGGCCAGCUUUGCCCCAUCUCUAAGCCCUGGGAGCUCCAUGGUGCCAAUGCCAAUCCCUCCUCCUCAAAGCUCUCUGCUCCAACAAACUCCGCCCACGUCUGGAUACCAGUCACCAGACAUGAAGGCCUGGCAGCAAGGAACAAUAGGAAGCAACAGUGUAUUCAGUCAAGCUGUCCAGAACCAACCCACACCUGCACAACCAGGAGUAUACAACAACAUGAGCAUCACGGUGUCCAUGGCAGGUGGAAAUACAAACGUUCAAAACAUGAACCCAAUGAUGGGCCAGAUGCAGAUGAGCUCUUUGCAGAUGCCAGGAAUGAAUACUGUGUGCCCUGAUCAGAUGAAUGAUCCAUCAUUGAGACACACAGGCCUCUACUGCAACCAGCUCUCAUCUACUGACCUUCUCAAAACAGAAGCAGAUGGGAACCAGGUGCAACAGGUUCAGGUGUUUGCUGACGUCCAAUGUACAGUGAAUCUGGUAGGCGGGGACCCUUACCUGAACCAGCCUGGUCCACUGGGAACUCAAAAACCCACGUCAGGACCACAGACCCCCCAAGCCCAGCAGAAGAGUCUCCUUCAGCAGCUACUGACUGAAUAACCACUUUUAAAGGAAUGUGAAAUUUAAAUAAUAGACAUACAGAGUUAUACAAAUAUAUUAUAUAUUUUUCUGAGAUUUUUGAUAUCUCAAGCUGCAGCCAUUCUUCAGGUCAUAGCAUUUGGAGCAAAAAAAAAAAGUUCACUUUUUUUGGGAGAUUGAGAGGUGUUUUUGUUUGUUUCUUUGUAAAGGCCUUGGAUAUUGAAAAAAUAACAAGGCAGAACAGUUGGACAAUCUAUUUCUUGAGCCAAAAUUUAAUUGUUCUUAUUUUUAUAAUCAGUCAUUGGCUUCUUAUCUGGAUGAAGGCUUUUGGAGGAGAACCAAAAUAACAAGUUCCAAGGGGAAGACAAAGCUUUGCCUCUGGCUCAGCCCUGACCCUGCCCAGGAAGAAGAGCCUGUGGGGCUUUGCCUGUGUCUGCCACCAAAGGCUGUCAUAUUCUUCCAACCAACAGCCCUCCCUUACCCCAACCCCAGGCAGCUUGUGUGUACAAUCAGCUUCUUCAAGCAACUCUGUCUCUGUUGGCUUCAAGAGAAUAUUUUGCCUCCACAUAUGUACCCCUUCUCCUUUUUUAAAAGAUGGAUUUAAACCAAGAUGCCUCCAGGAAAGAGGAUGAAAUGAGUAUAUUCACAGAGGAAUCCAAAAAAAUGCAGUUUGGGGGAAAAUGCAAUAAUUUUUGAUGAGAUGGGUGAAGGACAAGAACUGAGUUCUGUCAAUUAUUGUAGAUAGAAUUUUCUGAUUAAAUUUGGUGGGGGGGGCAGCCUGUUCUUUCUUUUAUUGUGUUAACAGCGAGGUAGCUGAAGUUAUUUAAAAUAAAAUUAAAUUUAUGAUCCAAGUAGCUUAUUUUUUCCUUAAAUCUCACUGUAAAUAUAUUUGAUUUCUUACAGAAAUUUAUUUCCUUCUGCUUAAUUUUAUGUUUUUAUCAUUCUCUUGAUUUUUCUAUAUUUGUGUGUGAAAUAUAACACUGAAUUGCAAUUACAUUUGGCUAGUAAUAUUUCAUUAUUUGAGUAGCUGUGAAGCCAUGUGUGGAUUUACUUUGGGUCUCAUAAAAGUGGCACUGCCAGAAAGAGCUGUUCCAGCCAAGCUGGAGCAAACCACCCCAGAGUGUCCAGGCUCACUUGAUCAAAGUGUAUAGGCCACCUGAACAGAGGGAAAUCAGUGCUCAAAGAAAAUCUCUCUCUCUCUUUUUUUUUAUUAUAUUGACUUUGGGAAUUUGAAUUUCCACUGGUUCAAAUAUAAGUUUCUCUUUUCUGCUCUGAGGGUUAUUGGUACCAUGUUUUCCCUUUGUGUCUUGUUACUCUGCCGCAUCCCAUCUCAUCCUGGCCUCUGAGAAAGGAGCCAGUGAACUGACUUUCUAGUUCUAGAAGUUCCACUACAGGCCAGGAGAGCUUGAGGGAGGCGCUGCAGAAGAAGCCAAGGUAGACCCUCACUGACCUUGAUCUGCACCCCUGGACCUGUGAACAACAACACUGACCUGCACCAGCUACCUCUGCUUGCGUAGCAGAGAAAAGGCCAUAAGAACCAACAUGGAUGAGGAGCAUGGACUACUUAGACUUCAAGGAAGAAGCCAUUUCCCCGGGUCCUUCAUUCUGCAUCUCACCACCCCUAAUUACAGAUAACGCCAUUGAACAGCAUCUCUUCAGAAACCACCGAAUUUUUUUAAAAUGCUGGAAGGGCUCAUGUGGGUAGCAACUAUGAAACAGAAAUAGAGCACUCAGUUACAAACAUUAUCUCUCAGUUUUUUCAGAAAAUGCAUCCCUGAUUUCAUUCAUUUCCAGCUUGAAAGCCCAACCAUAGUGUACUGUCUAGUUCCUACCAAACUGCUCUAGGAGGUCAUUUCCACUUUGUUUGUGAUAUUUAAACGUGCGGACUUCAGGAAGUUCACCUUUAACUUCAGCAUUCCAGAUGAAGUUUCCUGACUCAGUGCUUUUGCAUAAGGACCUAGGAAAAAAAAAAAAAUGGUAAGGAAAAUUGGAGAUGCUAACAUCCUCCCCCAUCCCCACUGCACCUUAAAGUAUGCAUGUCACCUUCAAGGUUUUAUAAUUGCACUGUUUGUUUUAUGUAUGUACAGAUUAAAAUUAUUGCUACAUUUGAGGAAAAUAAAAUUGCUUGCUUCUAUGUAAUUCCUGUCAUUCCACAGGAAAUUGACUUUUCCAGCUACUGAAUAGAAUUUGUUUAACAACCUCA